UCAAGGAGAAAGUCUGGAUUUAGCUUCUCCUAAAGAGAGAGAAGUUAUCACUUUUCAAGUUGGAAAUUACAGCAAUUUUGUCGGCGGACACUACUGGAAUUUACAAGAGAGCUUGUUCAAAGAGGCCUCUGCUAAAAAGAACUCUUUUAAUGAACUCUCGCAGGAUAUUUUGUACAGACACGGGUUGAAUUUUGAAACUGGUCGAAGCUCAUAUAAGCCUCGUGUUGUAUCAUUUGACUUGAAAGAAAACGUUAGAAACUUUCCUAGCGCAGAUGAAACGGCAACAGACGAUACUGAUGAUGGUAUUUUUUGGGAUGGAAAUGUGGAGAAAUACGACAGAGGAAGUAAAAAUAGCGGUUCAAAUACAGCCGAUGAAGUUGGUUUAUUUUGGACAGAUUUCACGUUGUCUUGUUUCCACGAUAAAUCUUCGCAAGUCGUUGACCUUCUGCAUAAUCAGAUGUCUGAAGGAUUUGAUCAUUUUGGCUGUGGAGAGAUGCUCUUUAAGUCUGGAAAGUUUUACAACGAGUUCGAGGACAGGCUGCACUUUUUUUCAGAGGAGUGCGAUAGGUUACAAGGCUUUCAGGUCUUCACAGAUAUUCAUGAUGGUUUUGCUGGCCUCUCAUCGAGUAUACUUCAAGAUUUAGCGGACGAUUAUUCAAAAAAGUUUUCUUUGUGUUUUGCAAUGAUGCCUGGAAUUCUUGGUGAUGAUGGUAAACAGACUGUUGAAAAGACUAUGUUAAAUACUAUGCUAAGUUUUGGAAAGUAUAUUGAGUCAGAUUGUCAGGUGAUACCACUGUCCUUGAGGAGUAGUUAUGGAUUGAGAAGGGAACCAGUUGAAUUCCCAUACAUCAAUUAUAAGGCUAGUUCCACAUACCAAACAAGUGCGAUCCUUGCCUCAGCGAUAGACACAGCGACAUUACCAUUUCGACUUUCAAAUGACCAGGCUACAGACAUCAGCACUUUAAUUGGACCCAUCUCAGUGGCUGGUAGAAAGAUUUCUGCAUUGACUAUGGGCUUACCGAUUCCUCUGAGCAGCACAGGCUCUGUAAACGACAUACUAAAUGGACCGAUGGAUUUUAACAUCUCCCUGACACCAGAUACAAGCCGACCUGAAAGCAUUCUUGCACAAACCACUGUAGUCCGUGGAAUACCAACCCAUUUGCUAAAACUGGAGGAAUACAAUCUCGUUUCACGAAGGUUAUCUGCAAUGCUUCAGUACAAAACCAACCAUGGACAUAUUUGCCCAAGUUAUGUCGUUCAGACCCCUUGUAAGUUCACCCUACAAUUUCCAGACAUUUUUAAACCCUCUGUUACUCAAAUUGGUUGCAUUAUCGAAGAUUAUAACCGACCAGAAGAGGUCAAAGUUAGUUCUACAUCAGCAAUGGCUAGUCUUGUAAAUUGUGAAGAAAUCUCAAGGCCUUUGGAAAGGCUGUACAAAGACACAAACAAGUUUGACGGAAUGAACUAUUCAGGGUUUUUAAAAGCAGGAACUGAACAGGCAGAUAUUGAAGACAGUAGAGAGAAACUGAAGGUCUUGGCUGAAGCAUAUAAGUCUGACUAUGAACUCUAAGGGCAGGGGGGUUGCCAACAUCCAUACAUUAGGGGGGCAAGCAUAUUUACAGGGCACCAUCGUCAUAGAUUAAACCACUGAUCUUCUUAAUAUAUCUGGACUAGUCUUGGUUUUGACUGACCUUCGCAAAUUCUGGAAAUCAUUAUCAAUUUGAAAGCUUUUGAAACUAACACAGUUAUUUGGAAAUGCAAACAAGAAUGGUGUGAACAGAUUUGAUCAAUGAUUUAUUCAUCAAACUCAAAAAAAUAGAAUGCAUUUAUUUACAAAUA